CAGACGUAGUAUCAUCUUUCUCUUACUUAUUUAUACAGAGCAGUUGUUUCUCUGUUUCACUCACGAAAAUUUUGAAGUUGCUAAUUUUGCUCUGUGUCCACAAUGUACAAUCUCAAAUGGAAAACUCCAUUUUUGCUCACACUUUUAGCUGUCUCAGCUAUUGUCUCUCUCACAUUCUUCACCUCUCUUUCCAAAAACUCUUCAAAAACAGUACAAAUUCAUGUCCAUAAAAACAUUCAAAUCGCGCAUUCUCAUUGUGAAGACGCACUAUACAAACAGCUCUGCGUCUCUACUCUCUCUUCAAUUCCAGAUCUCGCUCAAAAAUCCAUUUCUCAAAUAAUUUCUUCUACUAUAAAUAUCACAGUUUUGGAAGUCAAAGCUUCUGCUAAAAACUGCACUGAUAUUCGUGAGGAUUUGCCUAAACUUGAGCCAUAUGAAAAACGCGCUCUCGAAGACUGUAUUCAGCUCUUGGAUAACACAAUUAUUGAGCUAACAAGUAGUCUCGUCGAUCUUUCUCCUAAGAAGAGAUCUCCUUCUCAGAACUAUAACGAUUUGCAAACACUUCUAAGUGCUGCAAUGACGAAUCAAGCAACUUGCCUUGAUGGACUUGGUCGUAGUAAGAAGAAUUUGAGACGGUACAUUCAGCAUCGCCUGCAUACAAUUUCUCACCAUGUGAGUAAUUGUCUAGCAAUGCUGAAGAAAUUGAAUAAGAAGCCGACCAAAUCUCAGGAAAUUUUCCCUGAAUACGGUGCGGUACAUGACGGUUUCCCCAAAUGGAUUAAGAGGAGAGACAGAGCACUUUUACAAGCUCCAAUUAAUUCGACGAAAAUCAAUUUGGUGGUUGCUAAGGAUGGUACUGGUAAUUUUAGUACAAUUAACGAAGCAUUAAGUGCAGCUCCAAAUUCCAGUAGUACGAGAUUUGUGAUUUACAUUAAGGCGGGGGCGUAUUUUGAAUAUAUUGAAGUAGUGAAGAAGAAGAGCAUGAUAAUGUUCCUCGGAGAUGGGAUCGGAAAGACGCUGAUAAAGGGAAAUCGUAGCGUCGUCGAUGGAUGGACUACUUUCCGAUCUGCUACCGUCGCCGUAGUGGGAAAUGGAUUUUUAGCAAAGGGCAUUACAUUUGAAAACUAUGCUGGACCAAGCAAGCACCAAGCAGUUGCAGUUAGAAGUAGCUCAGAUUUCUCUGCCUUCUACCAAUGCAGCUUUGUGGCAUAUCAAGACACUCUCUACGUCCAUUCCCUUCGACAAUUUUAUCGCGAUUGUGACGUUUAUGGUACUGUAGACUUUAUUUUUGGUAACGCAGCAGUUGUGUUACAAAAUUGCAGCUUAUAUGCUCGUAAACCUAACGAAAACCAAAAGAACAUAUUCACAGCACAAGGAAGAGAAGAUCCUAAUCAGAACACCGGGAUUUCAAUUUUGAGUGGUAAAAUUGCUUCUGCUGCUGAUUUAAUCCCGGUGGAAUCAACGUUCAAAAAUUAUCUAGGACGACCCUGGAAAGAAUAUUCGAGGACUGUUUUCAUGCUAACGCAUAUUGGUAGCUUGAUUGAUCCUGCUGGAUUCUUGGAAUGGAAUGGUACUUUCGCGUUGAGUACACUUUAUUAUGGAGAGUAUAUGAACAGAGGACCUGGUUCAAAUACGAGUGCUAGAGUGAAUUGGCCUGGUUACAGGGUAAUUAACAAUUCUGCUGAGGCUAGUCAGUUUACUGUAGGGAAUUUCAUUGAAGGAAAAGAAUGGCUACCUGGUACUGGAUUUCCAUUUUAUCUUAAUUUAACUGCCUCUUAAUUGUUUCGAUAUGAGGAAAAUUGAAAUCAAGAUUGUAAUUCUUGAGGAAGUUAAUGGUAUUUGUAUUAGUACUUAUUAAGUUAUUACUAGUAUAUGAAAAAGUUGAGUUGAAAUUCAAUAUGUUUACUUACCUGAUAUG